AUGGGCAAGAAAUCAAACUCUUCAUCAUCAGGCUCCUCCAGCAAUUCUACUAUUGGCUCUGUUCUUGGUAUUUCCUUCUCCUCGGCACGUAAUUCCUCUUCAAAACCUCCACGAGAAAUUAUUCCUGCUCAAGAAUACUAUGAAAACAUUCUCAAGUAUACUUCCUCCACUUCAGAGGAUGAAUUAAUUCAAGCCUUGAAUAAGUACUUGUUCAAAGCCUCUGAUUUGUACUUUUAUUAUUAUGAAUUUAGUGGAUGGAGGGAUUUUACCAAUGUAAGAAGAGCCUUCCAUAAGAUGGUGCAGAUGCAAACUUUCCUUUCACUAUUGAGAGGAAAAUACUAUGUAGAAGUUACUAAUAACAACAAUAAUAGUAGUAGUAGUAAUAGUAAUAAUACUUCUUCAAGUAAUCAGGAAGCAAUUAAUAAUGAAGAAGCACCAUCAGUAGAGAGUAAAGUCGUCCAUAUCGAUUUUAAUGCUCUGAAGAAGUCUCUCAAGUCUACACAGAGGAUUGAUUGUUCUUCACUUUCUGCAAUUUCUAAUAUGGGAAAACCAUCUGUGAAAUCUUCCUCUAAAUCUUCAUCAUCAUCAUCAGACUCUAAGAAUAAUCGUGGAACAAUCUUUCAAGUGGUGGAAUCGGAUUGUCUUGAUGCAGCUGUUGCCUUAAAGACCAAACUCAAGUUGAAUCCACUCAUGUUGGUGAAUGGAAGUUUGUCUCAUCCUGGUGGAGGUUAUUUGCAAGGUUCUUUUGCACAGGAAGAAGAUAUGUGCAGGAGAUCUUCAUUAGCUCUCUCAUUGGAUGAUCCUUUCAAGAUGGAUGAUGGUAGAUCAUGGUCCUAUCCUUUACCAGAAUUUGGAGGUGCUUAUGUAGGUGAUUGUUUUGUUAUUAGAAAAUCAGCCAAGGAUGGUUAUCAAUUUUUGGAGAGUAUUGUAAAUAUUUCAAUGUUAUCUAUGGCUGCUUAUGCUAAUCCACCUGUGGAAAAUCGAGUAAUUGGAAAGGAUGAGAAUGGAAAGGAUAUUGUGGAAUGCUUUUUAGAUUCAAAGCUCACAUUAAGUAUGAAAAAGAAGAUUUCAUCCUUUAUUGAGAUUGCUCUUCAAAAAGGUCACGAUUCUUUGGUGAUUAGUGCAAUUGGAGCAGGUGCUUAUUCGAAUCCAACAUUUCACAUUGCUACUCUCUUCAAAGAAGUUCUCUCCAGUGAAAAUUACAAGGACAAAUUUAAGAUUGUUCUCUUCUCUAUCAUUAACGAUAAGAAUGCUGCCAAUAAUGUGAAGAAUAUGUAUGGCACCUCACAGAAAACUAAUCUUUCAAUCUUUUCCAAUGUUAUUCACUCUAAAGAACCUCAUCUCCUUCCAACAUUGGAAGAAUUCAUCCAACAACAAAAGUAA